AUGAGAUUUGGGGUUAGAGGGUUUCUCAUUGAUGCACAUAGAUACAGAUCGGAUAGCCUUCAUAACGUGAACGGAUGGUACUUCUUCACCUAUUUGACGAACAAAUACCCCAAAGGCAGCCGUCCCUCUCGAUCAUGUGGAGAUGGUGGAUUUUGGAAACCCACCGGCAAAGACAAGAAGAUUUAUUACAAUGGCAAUACCGUCGGAUACAGGAAGUCACUAGAUUUCUUACUUGGGCCUGGUGAAAAAACGGCUUGGAAGAUGCAUGAAUAUAGAAUUCAUGCAAAUAACCCCAAGUCGGAUCCAGUUUUAUGUAGAUUGUAUAUGAACAUAAGACGCAAAAACAAAGAUGAAAGUGAAGGUGACACAGUAGAAUUGAUGAGGGAAAAUCUUGACCAGUGUCUUACAGUGAAUGAAGCUCCCAUGCAGAAUGAGGACAAUGAUUUGGCGGUUGGCAAUAUUUCCUCUGCUGGUUCUACAAACAAUCAAUGUAUGGAGUAUAUUACCAGCACUCUAGACACAGGAGGUGAUGCCAUUUCAAACCAGGUUAUCUAUGAUCUUUCUAGUUUCCAAUUUCCUGAUCAUCCAUUUCAAGAUUUCCAAGGAUACACUAAUUCUCAUGGUGGGCUCGAAGCAAUUACUCAAGAGUUCACUGAACCGUUCCAUUUAUCAAAGGGUACCAUGAUGCCCUCUAAUUUGAGUAUGGAACCGUUCCAUUUAUCAAGGGGUACCAUGAUCCCCUCUGAUUUGAAUAUGGAGGAUGUUUCGAAGUAUGCUACUGGUGACACAGUAGAAUUGAUGAGGGAAAAUCUUGACCAGUGUCUUACAGUGAAUGAAGCUCCCAUGCAGAAUGAGGACAAUGAUUUGGCGGUUGGCAAUAUUUCCUCUGCUGGUUCUACAAACAAUCAAUGUAUGGAGUAUAUUACCAGCACUCUAGACACAGGAGGUGAUGCCAAUUCAAACCAGGUUAUCUAUGAUCUUUCUAGUUUCCAAUUUCCUGAUCAUCCAUUUCAAGAUUUCCAAGGAUACACUAAUUCUCAUGGUGGGCUCGAAGCAAUUACUCAAGAGUUCACUGAACCGUUCCAUUUAUCAAAGGGUACCAUGAUGCCCUCCAAUUUGAGUACGGAACCGUUCCAUUUAUCAAGGGGUACCAUGAUCCCCUCUGAUUUGAAUAUGGAGGAUGUUUCGAAGUAUGCUAUUGGUGGUACUGAUUUGUCCGACUUAGCAUGGCAAAAUGGUUGUGCUGGUGGUUAUGUCAAUAUGACCUCUCUCCAAAUUGAUGGUGAGAAUUCAGGCUAUAAGUAG